CCUAACGUCUCAUCCGAUCGGAAAACAAGUUUCUAGACCUCAUAUUUCCGAUGUGGAGGCGGGGAGGUCGUCUUCGGUAGAUACUCAACGUCGUAUGCCUUAGGCGAAGACCGCGUCUCUCAAUUGUCCGAUGGUGGCGGUAGAAUAGUCCGAAAAUGGAGCUUCUAAAUAGACAUAAUAAGUAUUCAUUUUGACGAAUCGUCUGAAUUGCUCAAGUUUCGGCAUCUAAGUAUAUUGUGUGUUGGCAAACGACUUACCAUGUCUCUCACAGCAACAUCACCAGCGCAAUUAAAGGUCGCCAGUCAGGGACCGGGUCCCGAGACCGAAAGUACUUCAAUCGACAGCAUCAACGAUUUGAUAGUCAACCGCGCCAAUGCCUUUCCUUUUAAGCCUCUACUCGCGUAUCCCGGGAAAGACGGCAAAUAUGUGUAUUAUACGGCGAAGGAGUUAGACAGUUUUGCAGAUGAGGCCGCAAAGCAUUAUGUUCAAUCGGGGUUGGUCCCGAAGGAAGAUCAGAGGGAAAAUGAAGUAGUGGCAAUUCUCGGCCCGUCAAAUUUCGAAUACAUUAUCACCAUGCUUGGUUUAACUCGAAUUGGUUUCGCCGUAUUCUUCCUCUCAACGCGCCUGUCAAUAGAAGCCUAUACGGCACUCCUUGGACAAACAGGAUGUCGAAAAAUCGUCGUCGCACCAAAUUAUGCGGGAACUGUUGACCAAAUAGCCGAGAAAUACGAUAUCUUCCAAUGCACUCUAAUAGACAGCACGAUUUUAAAAGGGGCUAACUCAAACAGCCACCGCUUUCAGCGGCCCGUUGAGAUCAAAGAUGAAGCGCAAAAGAUCGCCUUCAUCGUACACUCCUCCGGCUCUACAGGUCUCCCGAAGCCGAUAUACCAAAACCAUCGAUCUUGUCUCACGAAUUAUUCCGUUGGUAGUGGCAUGAGAGCAUUCAUAACAUUGCCCUUAUACCAUAAUCAUGGUUUAUCGACCUUUUUCCGCGGGAUAACUUAUUCAGUCACCACGGCAUUCUUCGACGCAAGUCUUCCGAUGACACAUGACCAUUUAUUGAGCGCGAUGCAGCAAUUCGUUCCGGAGAGUUUUCAUUGCGUGCCAUACUCAAUGAAGCUCCUCGCCGAAAGUAAGCAGGGUAUCGACGUAAUGAAGCGAUGUAAGCUCGUUUUAUUCGGCGGGAGCAGUUGUCCCGAUGAGCUUGGAGAUAGGCUAGUCGAGGCUGGUGUCUAUCUUGUAGGACAUUACGGCGCGACGGAAAUGGGUCAACUUAUGACAUCUUUUCGAGAUCCAGAAGAUAAGGCGUGGAAUUACGUGAGACCGUUCCUUAAAGUUGCACCGUAUCUUCGAUUCGAACCUAUCAGCGAGGGGUUAUAUGAAUGCAUCGUUCUUGAUGGUCUACCGACAAAGGUGUGCUCAAACUCAGACAACCCUCCCAACUCAUUCCAUACCCGAGAUACAUUUAUACCGCAUCCUUCGAUACCUAACGCAUGGAAAUACGUAUCACGCCUUGAUGAUAGAGUGACUCUUGUCAACGGAGAGAAGGUACUCCCAAUUCCAUUCGAGCACCGACUCAGGCAGCAUGAAUUGGUAGAAGAAGCACUCAUAUUCGGAGUGGGCAAAGCUUUCCCAGGCUUACUCGUUAUUCCAAGUUCAAAAGCUCGGGAUAUGAGCAAAGAUGAUCUCCUCCAUGUUCUGCAGCCAAUUAUCGCAGCCGGUAACGAAGCAGCCGAGAAAUUCGGCCAGAUUUCGAUAGAUAUGGUGGAAGUCCUUCCAUGUGGUACUCCUUAUCCCCGCACAGACAAGGGUACGAUCAUCCGAGCAGCAGCAUACAAGGCCUUCGAACAAAUCAUCGAGUUAGUCUAUGUUCGUUUCGAGACACAUGAUGAAUCUAGAGAUGGAGCUCGUCGGGUUUUGGAUCAACCGGAGCUGGUCGCAUAUUUAUUGGAUUUAUUCACUAAUACCGUUGGAGUUCAAGGGUUAACGGCAGAGACCGAUUUCUUCGAAAGCGGCGGGAUAGACAGCCUACAAGCUGUACUCGCAAGAGGAAAGAUCACUCGCGAAAUUGAUAUCGGCGAUGCGAUCUUGGGGAAUAAUGUUGUUUUCGAACACCCGUCUGUCGAAAAACUUGCGUCGUAUCUAUACUCCCUUAGAACGGGCGAGAGCUUAACCCAGACCGAUGAGAUCACUUUGAUGUCUGACUUGAUAGCCAAGUACUCGGGCUUUCCACAGUUUGUUCGUGGCGACAAGAAACCAGAGGGAGAGGUAGUGCUACUCACCGGAACCACCGGUUCGCUAGGAGCGCAUAUUCUAUCCCAAAUCACAGCAAUACCUGAAGUCAAGAAGGUAUACUGUCUAGUCCGAGCGAGUACCCCUGAAGACGCUCAAUCUCGGGUUAUGUCGAGCCUCAAGUUCCGGAAUGUCUUUCAUGAAGCUAUCAUAGAGAAGGCCGUGUGUAUUCCUAGUGACUUCAGCCAAGAAUCCCUCGGUCUUGACCCCUCAACACUCAAAACGCUCCAGUCAAGUUUGACCACAGUUAUACACAGCGCAUGGAUGGUAAAUUUCAACGUGAAUCUCAGCAGUUUCGAACGAUCACACAUAGCCGGCGUGCACAACAUUAUAAAACUCUGCUUAGGAGUUCCAUUCCAAGAACCAGCCAAGUUCUUCUUCGUAUCCUCAAUAUCAGCCGCCGCAGGUACUCCAAUUCCAGCUACAAUUCGCGAAGCUCAUGUUGAAAACUUGCAUCAUGCGCAGAACAUGGGAUAUGCGAGGUCGAAAUUGGUGACAGAAUAUAUUAUCCGUGCCGCAGGAAGGAGUACCGGUAUACACGCGAGAGUAUUACGAAGCGGUCAGUUGAUGGGAGAUGCCAAAAAUGGUCUCUGGAACUCGACUGAAGCAAUCCCCUUGAUGAUUCAAAGUGCGACCACAAUCGGCGCACUGCCAAUGCUUGAUGAGACACCGUCAUGGCUACCAGUAGACAAGUGUGCUUCUGCGAUCCUCGAACUUUCCGGUCUCAGUCCCAAUUCCAAGGACCAGCUAUCAGGAAAUAUUGAAGAGGUUUAUCAUGUACUAAACCCGACACUAUUUUCUUGGUGUAAUGACUUGCUCCCGGCACUCAGAGCAGCGGGGCUGGAAUUCGAAACUGUUCCUCAGAGGGAAUGGGUCCGACGGCUACGAGAAAGCGAACAAGACCCCCAGAAGAACCCUACAAUCAAAUUGUUAGAUUUCUACACGGAGAAGUAUGAUAAUGAUGCAGCUGGGAGAAGUGGUCUCGUUUUUGAGACACAAACGACAGCUAAGUAUUCCGAAACCAUUGGGCAGGGUUUUGAUAUUAUUAGAAGUGGAAUUUUGCAAAAGUGUUUAGAUAAUUGGCGACGUGCUUGGGCUACAUCGAGUCCGUAGAAGAUUACAAAGCAGCUUGGGG